GCAGGUGGAGGAGGCGGUGUCCCUGCUGCGGGCCGCGGGCGCGGUGCCAGCCGCAUUAUGGGCGGAGGCGCGGUCGGGCGGGCUGCUGCACGAGGAGGUGCCACUGCCCCUGGAGGAGGGCCUGCAGGUGGUGCGGCGCGCGCUGGCCCCGACGGAGCUCACGUUCGGGGGCAUCUGGAUAGGCCCCGGGCCAGACAACGGCGGGGAGGACUCGGGGACUUGGGCCAGCGCAACGCGGACCUCGCGGUGGCCGCGGCCGUCGCCGCGGGCGUCGUGGACUUCGACACGGCGCCCUGGUACGGCGCGGGCUGCGCCGAAGAGCGCCUGGGCCGGGCGGUGGCGCGGUUGCCAGCGGGCAGCGGCGCCCGGGUGGUCACCAAGGUCGGCCGCCUGGUGGCGAUGCCCGACGUCGCCGAACCUCGCCGUGCACGGUGAGCUUCGAGGCGCCCGGUGCGCCGAGCUGGAAGGACUCGAGCGCGUGGUGAGGAACGAUUUCACCUCGCGGGGGGCCGCCCAGUCGAUGUCGGAGAGCCUGGCGCGCAUGGGGCUGAGCAGCGUGCACGGCCUCCGCAUCCACGACCCCAACGACAACUCCAACUACGACGGCUCCGUCGACGAGGUGGCCAUCGCGCUGGCCCCCGGCGGGAUGCUGGAGGGCCUGCGACAAUUGCGCGCGGAGGGCCGUAUCCAGCACGUGGGGCUCGGCAUGAAUUGCAACCGUCUGAGCCACCAGGGGAAGCCCGACGAGGUGCUGCGGCUGCUGCGGGGCGCGGAGGAGGGCACGUUCGAUUCCGCGCUGCUGGCGGGGGGCUGGAACCUCCUGAGCCAGGACCAGAGGCCUCGUAAAAGGACGGCCUGCCCUGCCUGCUGGAGUGCCAGCGCCGCGGCAUCGAGGUGCAAGUGGCUGGCGUCUUCGGCUCUGGCCUGCUGGUCGGGGUGGACAGGUACGCCUACAAGGCGGCGCCCGCGGAGGCGGUGGCUCGGGCGGGCCGCUGGCGCGCGCUGGCCACGAGGCACGCCAGCACGCUGCCCGCGGUGGCGCUGGCCUUCGCCGCGCUGCCGGCGGUGGUCUCCCGCGUGGUGCUGGGCAUGGCGACGCCAGCGCAGGUGGAGGAGGCGGUCGCCCUCCUGCCCGCCGCGGCGGCGGUGCCCGCCGCCCUCUGGCGGGAGGCCCGGGAGGCCGGGCUGCUGGCCGACGGCGUGCCUCUGCCGCCCUGAGGGCGCGGCGCGGGGGGCCCUCCCUGCCCGCCACGGAGAA